AUGUCAGGCAGUGUCCUGGUUAUCACCAGCACUUAUCUACGAAGCAUUUAUCUACAGCCACUACAAAAGGCUUCGGGCGUAGUUCAACGCCGUUGUGGUGCCGCAUUCAACAACGCUAUGAGGUUCCUCGUGUUUACUGCACUCGUGCUGGCUACGGUCUCGGCCGUCUACAUUCCACCUUCAAAGAGAGUAAUGAGGGAGGCGGAGCUGCUCAGCGGUCUUGAUCUGGUCGAAUACGUGAAUAAAGCUCAGAAUUUAUUCCAGGCGAAGCUGUCACCUCGCUUUGCUCAAUAUCCAGAUGCUAUCAAGAGCCGUCUUAUGGGAUCGAAGCAUGUGGCGGUUCCGGAGGAGUUCAGAGUGAACGAGAAAACCCACGACGAUAUUGAAGACGCUGCUAUUCCUGACUCAUUUGAUGCUCGUACCAACUGGCCUCAAUGUCCCUCAAUCCUCUCAAUUCGUGAUCAGUCAUCUUGCGGAUCCUGCUGGGCGUUCGGAGCCGCCGAGGCGAUGACCGACCGUAUUUGCAUCGCUUCGAACGGGAAAGAACAGUUCACCAUGUCAGCUGAUGAUAUUCUUUCGUGCUGUGGAAAUGUUUGCGGAAAUGGUUGUGAGGGUGGAUACCCGAUCCAAGCAUGGAAAUUCUGGGUGAAACACGGUGUUGUAACUGGCAGCAACUAUACCAUGAAGACCGGCUGCAAGCCCUACCCCUAUGCCCCAUGCGAACACCACGACAACGCUACCCGUUAUCAGCCUUGCCCAUCUCAAAUCUAUCCUACCAACAAAUGUGAGCAGACAUGCCAGAGUGGAUACCCGACUACGUACGCCAACGACAAACACUUCGGAGCAACCGCGUAUGCAGUUUCGAGGAAGGUCACUGAUAUCCAGAAGGAAAUUAUGACUAAUGGACCAGUUGAGGUGUCCUAUACCGUAUACGAGGACUUUGAGCAUUACACUGGUGGAAUUUACGUUCACACUGCCGGAAAACAACUCGGAGGUCAUGCGGUGAAGAUGAUCGGAUGGGGAACUGAGAACGGUACACCGUACUGGAUUUGCGCUAACUCAUGGAACUCCGAUUGGGGAGAGAACGGAUUCUUCCGAAUCAUUCGUGGACUCGAUGAAUGUGGUAUCGAAUCUGGUGUGGUUGCUGGAGAACCUAAACUUUAA